UUAUUUGUUCAUUUUAACAAUAAAAAGUAAAAACAGAAAUUUAAAAAAAGAAAUGUGGCAAUUGAUGGGAAUAACAAUAAUUUUGGUGACAUCAAAAUCACUGAGUAUUGAAUGUGGACUAACAAAAAAUACAGCAUCAAUACAAAAUGAUGUGAAUAAAGAAUUACUAAAUAAAAAUGUAAAUUAUUUACCAAAACAAUUAAAAAAAAGAUCAAUUGUUAAAUUGGAAUUUCAUGAUGAUGGAAUGAAUUAUGAAGUACCAAAAUUACCAUCAUCCCAAGGGAAUAUCUACUCAGCACUAUCAGUUUUGCCUGGCACACAAACUGACAAGGAACGUAAUAAUCAAUUAUUAACAAACUGGGGUGGUAAACGUGAUUCAAAUGCUUACAAAAUAGAUCCAAAAAUUCGAAGACCAGCAAGAGUACCAUUCAACAGUUGGGGUGGUAAACGUGACGGUGAAAAAAAAUUUCCCAAAAAUCAAGAAAAUAAUUAUCGAACAAUUCUCAAUCCAUAUUGCAGACCAUUAAUGAAAUCUUGGCACUCUAAAUUUGUAGAUGAUGAUAAUAAUCUUGUUGAUAAACGAAUUGUAAUAAAUCGAAUGUCAGGAAAUGACAAUCAACCACCACCAUUUAAUCCUUGGGGAGGAAGAAAACGUCGUGAUAUUAAUUAUGGAAAAUAUUAUGAUAAAGUUAAGUCAAUAAAUAAAUAAUUCAUUGAUAAUAAUAACAAUAAUAUUAAUCAACAAUUAUUAUUUAAAUUAAUUUGACAAAAAAAAAAAAAAAUAUAAUAGAAAUGUUUGUUUACUGUUAUGAAAAAAAUAGACGAAAAUUAAUUAUAUUUUUAGUAAUUAUUUAAUAAACAUUGUAUUAUUAUUAUUAUGAUUAUUAUAAAUAAUUAAAUAAAUAUAUAAAAUAUGUCUUGUUAAAUUGGUAAACUUACAUAAAUAAGAUGACUUGGUUGAAUGAAAAUAAAUAAUGAUUUGGAUCUUGAUUAAUGAAA